AUGAAUAAGAUUAAUACAUCAUCAAUUACACAAAAUCAUGUGUAUGGCAGAGAUGUUCAAACAGAAUUCCAAUUACAAACACCAUGCAUUUCUAAUUUUAUUGAUUAUGAUUUUUCUCCAAUAGGAGUUUGUCAUAAUCUUUAUAAUAAUAAUAACAAUAAUAAUAGUAAUCAUAGUUUGUUACAAAGAGUUGAACACUAUGACUAUCAUCAAAAUGCAAGUAAACAUGGUCAUCAGCCACAACCACUACAAUCGCAACAACUGCACAAUGAUAUUCAUCAUGAUCAUUAUCAAUAUGAUACACAUUUAUCGAAUUAUUCACAAAAUCAAUACAUACCAAGAGAGGAUCGAUUGAAUUCACUAAUCAAUGUAAACAUGACUCAUACGACAACAGUAACAGAAGAAACAGAGGAAAUGCGAAAAAUUGGAGUGGAUAAUUAUUUUCUGUCGGAAUUUCAUUCAUCAACCAAUCAACUUCCUUCAUCCUAUUCAAAGUCAAUCCCUGUAAAUUCGGGCAAACAACAGCAAGCAUUUCAAGAUUUUCACGAAUUACUCCUAGACAUUUAUCAUAUUGAUAAUGAUACUAAUAAUGUCCGCUGUGAUGAAUCCCUCAUUGUCAAUAAUAAGGAGGCAGGGAAAGCGCAGAAUAAAGGGGACAGUAAUAAUAAUAAUAAUGCAAAUCGAUCACAGUAUUCCACAUCAGCGUCAGCUGUUGUUGCAUCCUCUCUGUCAACUAACAACAAUACAAUUCAUGCACAAGAAGACAAAUCGAUCCAGCACAAUGUUACCAAGGAGAUGCAUAGAAUCAAUUCACUGGUGAGAAGACAUGAAGAAUUGUCUAGUACCACGUGCAUGAGAGAAAAUGCAGCAUUACAUAAGGCUAUGCAUAAUCAAGUGAAUACUGAUUGUAGUAUAUCAACUAGGAAUUAUCAUUCACAUGAAACUACCACUACUAUGAAUGAGCAUAAUUCCAAUCGGAUUAAACAUGAUCAAAUCAAUAGGCGAGCAAACACAAAAACACAAAAGAGUAAAUCAAUCAAUUCAAACUCACCAAAAGGGAAACUAGAAUUAAAUUUCUUACUCAAUCAAGGUAAUACUGUUCAAGAUAUUUCAAAAUAUGGUAAAGUGGCUGAAACAAUUAUUACCAAAGGUGGUAUACCAAAACUAUUUGUCAUACGUGGCCGAGUCAUUGAUACACGAAUACAAUUUCAUUAUUUCAAAUCGAAUAAGAAUGAACCGCCAUUAAUCAAUCAUCAUCAUCAUCAUCAUAAUGAUGACAUUGAUGAUGUAGAUUUAGACAAUGGCGAUUGUGAUGCGAAUGAUGUUCAUGUUGAUGCUGAUGUGGAUGAUAAUAAUAAAGAUGACAAUUUGAAUUCAGUAAAAAGUAGAAAAUUCAAAUUACGAUUUAAACCAUUUACAAUUUUCGGUGGAAUGUGUACACCAGCGAUUGGCUACAAUGAUCCAAUGCAAAUACCGAAUAUUUUAUUAAAACAAGAACAAUUAUGUUUUAUACAAGCUGUACAAAAUGAAAAUAAUGUUACAUAUAAACUGAUGAAUGAUGGUUAUCUAGUGAUGGAAAUAGAUUUUCAUAAUUUUUGUGAUAUUUAUCAUUUGGUAUUUCCUUUUCUUAAUUCAAAAUGUCCAAGUACAUGGAAAAAAGAUGUGCAUAUCACUGUGACAUUGAUUGAUGAAAAUGACAAAGAACUAAGUAGCGCUGAAUUUGAAGUUGUCAGUUGUGCAAGUCCUAUACGUGAUGCACGUCGUUAUCAACAACGUCAACUUAUUGCAGAAUUAGAAUUGACAGAAAAGCAUUUACAUAAAACUAUUGCCAAGAAUGACAAUUUAUUAGAAUGGGAUAGACAAACAGGUCAACCAGUUUCACAGUCCAUAUCAAAAUUCAACAUUUCCGAUAUUAGCCCUAAUUCCUCUGGUUUCGGUAGUCUUUACUCACCAUUAGCAUCGAUCACAUCAGAAGAAGAACAUGUCAAUGAAUUACAACUUUAUUUAUCUCGUAGUGAAACAUCUACUCCAACACAUUAUUUAUCUAAUUCUGUAUCUACAAAUUCUAGUAAUACUACUACUAUAACUACUACUAAUAAAAAUAAUAGUAGUAUCAGUGAUGCGGAUAAUUCAAAAUCGGAUAUUUUAUCUCCAUCCACAUCGAAUGAUGAAUUAAUUGACUUGUCUAAUUGGAAUCAAAUGCAAACAUUAAAACAAAAACGUUUGAUCAAUAAUUUGACCAAGCCAUAUUCCAGUGAACGUAAUCGACGCAAUUCAUUAGUGAAACAGUCGAAUGAACAACAACUGACCUCUUCUAAAAUGAUCAAUUCAAAAUAUUCAAUGAAACGAUUAAUAAAAGAAAUCGAUAAUGGGUCAUCGGAUGAACAGGAAUAUGUGAUUAAAACAAAAAGUCGACGCAUUUAUCGAAUUCUCAGUCUAUUAAACCGAGAAUUAUCAAGACAUUUAUAAGAGAAAAAAUACAACAGGAAUCUAAUAAUAUCCGUAUAAAAACAUGAAGCACAAAGUAGAAUGAAGGGCAUUUACAACGCAAACAGACAAACAGAUCGACCGCGUAAAACCUUCAGUUCAUUGUUGACUAGAAAAUGUCCGUGCUUUUGUUUUUUUGUUUCUGUUUUUUGAUAUCAUCUUUUCUUUUGACAUUGAAUAUUGUUUGUGCGCGUGUUUGCUCAUUUGCGCGCGCGCGCGCGAUCGCUCGCUCGCUCAUGUACAAGUGCGUUUAUUCACCUUCUUUUGGCUUCUUCUUCGUUUUGUUUUUUUUUCAUCGCCUACUACUUAGAUUUCGUCGACUACUUUGCCGCUUUCUCUCUGUCAUUAUUUAUUUGCUCUCUAUUGUCUACUGAAAACGAAAUGAUGAUGAUGAUUCACCACUAACUAACUAUGACUGCAUUUGUCUUCUUGAAAUCGAUUAGAUAGAUAAAUAGAGAAGAUAUUUAUAUAGAUAGAUAGAUAGAUAGAUAUACUACUACUACUACUAUAAAUAACACAUACCCCUAUCAUGUCGUGCUUUUUUUUUAUAAAUGUAAGCCACAGAUUUUUUGAUAAACAGUCUUUCUUAUCAUAAAAAUAUUAUGAAAUGCUUUUAGACUACUCUUCUAUAUGUUCAUUUUUUUAUAAGAAAAACAUUUCUUGUUUCACGACGGUUGACCGCUACUCAGCUAGCUACUCUACUCUACUCUUUUCUCUCUCUGUAUGUGGUGUAUCUGUGGUUGUUGUUGUUUGACAAAAUGUGCGAGCUGACCAAGGUUCAAGUGUUACGCAACUAGUUCUUUCAAUGUUGUGUAACACAUUGCUCAUUCUUUCUAAAAAGAAGAAACUGUGUUGAUGUUUGCAUUUAAGUUAAGACUAAUAGACCGUUCGAAUAAUGAAAUGUUUCUUUUUUUUUAACCUUUCUGCUCAGUUGCAUAUUUGAGUAACUUUUAUGCACUUUGGUUGUGUUUUUUGGUCUCUCUCUCUCUCUCUCUCUACACACACACACAUAAAGACAGUGUUUUUCUUCUGUUCAUCUAAAUGGCUAUUUUCAAUGUCCUUUUUCCCGACCUUUGUGUGUGUGUGUGUGACAUUCUCUGUGGCAUUUCUUUCCUAUUGGUGUUGUUAGAAGAGGAUAAUUGAAUGUUGAACAUUUAUUUAUUCUCUAUUGAAACAUUGAACUAGUGAACAGAAAUCUUAUUUUUAGUAUUUGCAUUCAUUCGCUAAGCUAUUGACGUUUGUGUGUGUGUGUGUAAAUUGUGUCUGUUGGUGUGAAUUCUUUCCAUAAGAAUAAAGAAAGUAUAUGAUCAUCGCCAUCAUUGAACACAUAAAACUCUUGUUUGUCUGUUUGUAUUUUUUGUACUGUUCUAUCAUUUUUUUUUAUAUUGCAAGCAUUUUCUAUGCAUUUCACACUGAUUGAUAGGUUAUCUUUGUUUUUUUUUAAAAAGAAAAUUAAUUUGUACUCGUGUUUAUGUAUUUAUUACUUCUGUGUCUUUUACUAUAUAUGGAAAGAUGUAUCGAUGUUGUACUGGCAUUUGAAUUAUCAGUGGUUUUGUUAAUCUGGCUUCUUAUAUACAAAGACAAACUGUCUUCAUAUUCUGUUCUUUUUGUUUCUCUCACCUUAUUCUUGUCAUUAUUCGCCUUUUUUUCAAUAAAUGUGUGCAUAUUAAA